GAGCUUGUGUCCUGUUGUCCUUGUGGUCCGUGUGACAGACAUGUGCUUUCAGUGUUGGGGGACACAGCCUCAGAGAAGGCCACGAGAAAUGCUGUCACAGAAAAUAAAUGGAAGACAUUUUGGGAGAAGUGAGGGAUCACACCCAGAAACUUAAGGUCCAUUGUGUAGCAGAUAUUUUCCAACUGUUUAUUAUAUGUUUUAAACAACAAAACUUUGCUCCUAUUUAUGUUUUAUUUGUGACGUGGCUCUUAUUAGCUAGUUUGGGUCACCUGGUUUCCAGCGAUCAAGCUCACCAUGGUAACCGUUUGCGCGAACAUUCUCAAGUGUCGAAUUAAAGCAUUGUUGAUGUAACAAUGUAGUAGUUUUCAACAUUCCAUUCCUAUAACAUCAAGGCAAUGUUUAUCUCGUGAGUAUAGUAAAACAUUUGGGUAUUCACGUUACAAACAAUCUACGACGUCAUAAUGUGGAGUUUUGACGCCACUUCACGAAUUAAAUGUAAUGUGGAAGUUUCUUUUCAUGCUAUAGAUAGGCUUUUGUUCGUACCCGGUGGUUUUGUCGUUCAUCGAUCUGCCGUCUCUCACGUCUAAAAUGUCUUACAGCAGACGCACCCUCAUUUCGGACUGGCAUAAGCACAGGGAAGCGGAACCCAAAGACUAUGACUUCACGCAGUGUCCUGCUGGACAGAUAAAAACCCUCAGCAAAUCCACAUACAAACACCUUGGAACCAUGAUGGAUGCGGACUGGACCACCAGCACCGGGGCCCAGAUGGCCCAGAGCCCCCUGGAGGAGAAGAACCAGGCCAGGGGAAGCCCCAGGUCCAUGGUCACAGCCGAGCACUUCCAGUCUGCACACUUUAACAUGCGGACUCUGCCCAGCAAGGAUGCAGCUGGGCUGGUGACCAAUGACGUUCUGCCACGUCAUCCCCCUGGCCAUAAUCAGAUUGAGCUGGUCUCCACAUAUAACGUGGAUUACCUGCCCCCGUAUGGCGCCAUUAAGGAGGAGGUGAGCGUGGAACGCCAGGCGGAGGAGACGCCCGACUUCCGGAGGCGCCAGUCUCAGUUCACAGACACGGCUGACUACCGCCGCGCCGGACGCAACACCUGGCAGGAGGAGAGCGGCGUCUACCUUUCGCCGGGCUCCAGGAGCGGUGUCCACACCAGGCCCACCAACCCCUUCUUACCCUAGAUCCCCCCUCCCUUCCUGGGGCACCACGGCAUGCAGGCACCCUGACUCCGUUGUGACGAACCACAGCUAGCUUUGAACACUCUAAGAUCGUCGUACUUCCUAGUUCUACCGCCCCUGUCUUCCUCCUUGGGCGGCUAUUCUUCUUCUGCAUAAAUAAACAUUUCAUCACAGGUUGUUUGAGGAGGAUCGUUGUUUUCAUUUCGGCCGAGUCAGCGGAUGUCAACGCACAGCUAGCUCGCUAGGCUACGUGUUUGUGCUCUGUUCCUCGGCGUUCAAUGAAGUGUUUCAACAUCUGCUUUCUUUCUCUCUCUCCGUGUCUUUCUCGGCCUCGCUCUGUCCCCCGUCCUCGCCCUGUGACCCUCAGGAUGUGCUUGCACUGGACCGUCUCCUCCCGUCUCCUACGGUGGUUCCUUAUCCGUUUGUUUUUCUGGGUCUUUCCACAAGGAUCGUUCCGUCAUUUCGUUGUUGGGAUGUCCCUCCACGGCGGUGAGACGAUGUUCGUUCCCACCACAGGCUUCAGUCUUUCCUCACACUCAUCCAGGACCAGGUUCCUUCUCGUUGAGUUAUUGUACCAAGACCACAGGCCACUAUUUUCUGACCCGCGCUCCCACCUGGACUGUAGCUAACCUUCUGGUGACCCUUGUGAUAGGUGUGUGUGUGUUUGUUCGCGUGUGUGGGUGUGUGGGGCAUGCUGUGUAGGCACAUUCCCAAACAUAACAUUGUAAGUCCAGUCAUAUUUUGGAAAUCCUCCUACAUUUCCUGUGUGCUUAAGUGUCCUUAAACCUACACAUGGUGUAAUACACCAGGCUGGUGGAACAGUCUAGAUCUAUGUACCAGAGGAGUGUGUGUGUGGGCGUUUUUGUGUGUGUGUAUCCAUGUGUCGAGUGACUGCACAUGCACACACGUCCUGUACUCUCCUUCUGCACACACACACACACACCUGUACAUUUCCAAUACACACAUAUUCUAACACACGUAACUUUUUAAUUUCUUUAUCUUUAAUCAUUUAUUAUAAAGAAUAGC